GUAGUGGGGAUCUUGCAAUAUUCAAGCGCUGUGGUAAAAAGAGGGGCACGACUUAUAAACACUUGAAUCAUCAAAAAAUUGUGUUUUCAAUGUAAAAUGAGCGUAACAAAAGUGCAAGAAAUAUGUCCAUACACUGGACCUCCCACUCCACCAGUAUCAGGUGGUUUGGGAAAACGUCAUCUUCAAGUUUUCCUGUUAUUCCUGGGAAUGACUAUCUCCUAUGGACUACGAGUCAGUAUGUCAGUUGCGAUUGUUGCCAUGACUGAUAAUUCAACAAUCGACUCCAAUUUCGAGAUUUUCAAAUGGGACUCGUCGAUAAAGUCGAUGGUAUUGAGUUCAUUUUUUUGGGGUUAUACAGUAACGCAAAUACCGGCAGGUUAUGUGGCGGGAAUAUGGAGCGCUCAACGAUUAGUUUCAAUAGGAAUAUUUUUCUGUGGAUUACUAACACUUUUAAUUCCAAUUGUCAGUUCACAUGGCGGUUGGAUUGCUGCCUGUAUAUGCCGAGUAGGAAUGGGUCUCUGUCAAGGUUGUCUUUUGCCCUCGACGCAAACUCUACUCGCAAAAUGGGUGCCACCCAAUGAGAGAGCACGAUUAGGUACCUUUGCCUAUGCAGGGGGACAAUUUGGUACAGUCGUGACGAUGCCAAUUUCCGGUUUUUUGGCUGGUUCCUCGAUAGGUUGGCCAAGUAUUUUCUAUAUAUUUGGUUUAAUUGCAUUAAUAUGGUCGAUUGCUUUCUAUUAUAUGGGCUUCGACAGUCCAGUUCUGCAUCCAAGUAUUUCGCAAAGUGAAAAAUUGUACAUUCAAGGCAGUUUGGGCGAAAUGACGGAGAAAACAAAACUCGACAAAUCGGAGACACCAUGGAAGCAGAUAUUUACUUCGAUACCAAUGUGGGCAUUGAUCAUAGUACACUGUGGACAAAAUUGGGGUUAUUGGAUGCUCCUAACCGAAAUGCCAAGUUACAUGAAAAAUAUUUUGAAAUUCAACAUAGAAGAGAGUGGCGUAACGUCUGCACUUCCAUACUUGGCCAUGUGGCUCCUAAGCUUCCCAGCGAGUUGGCUCUCGGAUUUUGCAUUAAAGAAAGGAGCGAGUAUUGGAACGACACGAAAAGUCUCCAAUACAAUUGCCCAUUGGGGUCCUGGCUUAGCACUAUUGGGCCUAUGCUUUGUACCAACUGAUCUCAAUAAUAAAACAAUACCUGUACUGAUUCUCGUCAUAUCAGUGGGACUCAAUGCCGGUUCACUAUGCGGCUUUCAAAUAAAUCACAUUGAUCUCAGUCCAAAUUAUGCCGGAACAAUGAUGUCAAUUACAAAUUGCAUUGCAUCUGUAAUUGCCAUUAUUGCACCGAUAAUCGUUGGGGAGAUUGUUCGCGAUGAGACUGAUCAACAUUCAUGGCACAUUGUAUUUUACAUAUCGACAUUUAUCUACUUUGCGGGCAAUUUAAUAUUCAUUAUUUUUGGAAGAGCGGAAAUUCAAUGGUGGAACGAUCCAAUUGAGGUGAAAGCAAGAAAGGAAAUAAAAAGACAAAAUAAUAUGGAGAUGAAUGAAAAAAAAAUUGAGAAAUAAUCGCCACCCUUCUCCCUAUCCUCUCGAUUUUUGAAAAUUUGAAUUUGAAUUGCAAUUGAGAUUCUGGAAAGUACAACAGACGUAGUCUUCUGCGCAGUUGGGAACUUUAAAGAAGGACACAAUGUUGGUUCUGCUUUUCAGGUCCUCAGUUUGUAAAAAAAAUUUCUUUAGUUAUAUUUUGAUGAAAAUUGCAUUGUAUCAAUGCCGGAAUAUUUAUUCUCUCUGUACAUAUUUACCAAAUUGUUAUUAAAUUCUGUUGUUUUUUAAGAA